AACAACACACUCACCCCACUGUGUUCUGGUCUGUGUGUACUGGGCGUAGGGUUUUAGUCAAUUUGCAAAGAUGACUCGUGAAUUCUAAUCUCUCUCUCUCUCUCUCGCGGUGGUAGCUCUGCUGGAACAGGAUAUAUAAAAAAAGGAUAAAAGAGAGAACAUGCACUCUAUGAAGACUAGUUACGUUGGGCAAGUAUUUGCUCUAGCUAAGCCUCACGAUUCUGGAGGCAAGAGGACUCGUAAUCGGAUUCCCAAAGAGGAGAGAAAAACACUGGUGGAGUCUUUUAUUAAAAAGCAUCAGAAACUAAACAGUGGGAGUUUUCCUUCACUUAGCCUCACUCACAAGGAGGUGGGUGGAUCUUUCUACACUAUCAGGGAGAUUGUCAGAGAGAUUAUCCAAGAGAAUAGAGUUCUUGGUUCUGGUGACUUGGUUCUUGAAGGCAAUGGCUCUGGCCAUUUGCAAGAUCAAAGUCUGUCAAGUUCAAUCCUAAUGGAUCCUGUGCCCCCUUUAUCUUUGUCCCCAAAUGGAUACCAUUCUGCAUCAGAUCAAAGUUAUGAUUUUUCUUCGGAGGCUGAAAAGGAGAUGAAGUCACCUGAAAAUGGUAGCCAGGCUGCUCCAGAAGACAAUGGAUCUGAUAUAUUGGAUAGCAGGGAAGUGAACGGAGAUAAACUUUUGAAAGAAGACAUUGGGCACGUACACCAGCCAAUAGACUCCACUGACAUAUCCAAGACUCACCUUGCAGCAUCUAGCAGUGAAGAAACUGAUAUCAAGCGUGAUGCAGAGCUACAAGAUAAAAUGGAGACAGUGUGUGAUAGUGUUGCCACCAAACCUCAGGAUAAAGGACUCGAUGUGGACAACGAAGACGAAGAAAUUGAGGAACUACCUUUCAUUGAAUCAGACGGCACACAACUUAACAAGGAUGAAAAAGUGAAUGAUGUUGAAGCAGCAAUGGCCGAAACUGUAAACGUAACGACGAACACAUUAGGCACAAUUGAUAAGGCAGCAGAAACAGUUGGUGAAUCUGAAACAUUUCCAGUAAGAUCUGUGACUUCAACGAUGGACUCACCGGAUGCACAACUUAGUGACUUGGGCAAACUUUGUGAGGGUGAGAAAGGAACUAAGACAGAGGUGGAAGCUGAUAGCAGCACAACUAAUCAUGUUGAUCUUGGGGAGAUUUCUUCAUCCACUUCUCCUUUACUUGAAGAAAAGGAGACUGAGGUCAUUGUUGAAAAAAGGCCAAAUCUUAUUUCUGUCCCUGUGGAAAAGAAAGUUGGAGAGAAAAUUGUUAAUCCUGCUUCAGUAGAUGUUGAAUAUGCUGACACCAAAGGAACAGUGGUUGUGAAUCCUGUGAUUGGCAACAUCCAUGAGACUAAGGACUUUAGUAAUGGAUCAUUGACAACUGAGCAGAAACUGACAACAUCUGACACUGAGUCGGGAAAUCGUAAGCACGACGGAGCAAAAGUGGACACUAUGAGUAGCUAUUCCGGGAAUGAAGUGGCAAGUGUAGAGAAGAAGGCAGCCAUGGAAAAGGUUAAAGUUGAUGCUUCAGAUAGUUCCAGCUCUCAAAAAGAAAACAAUGCAACAUUGAACAGAAUUAAACCUGAAUCGUGGAAAGGGGAAAGACGAGAAACAAAUCCGCUUUUGGCAGUUCUCAAAUCUUUCUUGACAGCCUUUGUGAAAUUUUGGUCCGAGUAAUAAUAUUGCAGCGAUCUGUUACAUUGGCUUUUAGUAGUUUUCAUUAGUGAGAGUUAAGGUUAAGAUAAAAUAUGGUUUCAAAUGUCAUGUACAAUUUUUGUGAUGAGUGCUUUGGUAAUAUGUAAUGGGUUGAAUCUUCUAUUCAAAUAUAGUCUAAUGAGAGAGGAAACAUCAAAAUUCUGAGGAUAA